UCGCAGGGCAGACAGGCAGAGUGUAAAAUGGCGCACAGCUGUCGGUGGCGGUUCCCCGCUCGGCCCGGAGGGAGCAGCAACUCCGGUACCGGGAGGAGAGCGGGCCGAAUCAGGGUUACUGCCUCUCUGCGGAGUGUCUCGGGAGCCCACCCCAACGCAGCUGGGCUCGGACCCGGGUUUGAUGCUGCACUACAGGUCUCCUCGGUUAUCGGGAGCAACCUGCAGAAAUUUCGGGAUGUUUUGGGGGAAUCGAGCGACUCGAGCAGCGGGGAGGAAGAAGCAUUUGGAGGAUUUGGAACCGUUGUUGAGCCGAAAAGAGUACAGAGCCCUUCAACAACCUCUUCAGUGGGCCCACCCAUACAGGAGAAGAAGCCCAGAGGCCGACCCCCACGGGCCCUUACUGCCCAGAAAGCUGCUGCAAGUCUACCUUCCCCCUCCACAAUUCCCUCUCCCACACAGGCGAAACCUGAGGGCCCGGAAAGGCCAGCUGAGAAGGUGAAAAGGCUGCCUGGGAGGCCACCUGGCACCGGGGAAAAGAGAAGAGGUCGACCCCCAUCUUCAACUAGCAAGAAAGCCUGGAGUACAGGCAGCCAUACAGCAGGAGAUGACAGUAGGCAGGUCGGGUCUGAGUUGGGCAUAGACACAGAAGAGGAUAAGGAUAGAAAGGGCGCCAAGAGGACGCCACUGGGCUCUGCUCAGCCUCAUGAGAGUGAGGCUAAGCUUCCCAAAGGUGGGCGGGGUGAAUCCAAAGUUGCCAACCUGAAGAGGCUGAGAGAGACUAAACUCACCCCUCUCAAGUCACGGCUCAAGACUUUGCCUGGUGUACCCCGACGCAGACGUGGGCGACCGCCCUCAGCUGAGCGGCUUAAAGCUGAGGCAGCAGCUGCUGCUGCACAGCUGUCUACCUCCAUUGAAUGUGGGGAAGGGAAACACAAGGCCUUUAGGAGCAGAGGGGGGGACCGAGGCACAGAACCACACAUUCCCCAGCAGUCCAUGCUGAGGAAUGUGGAUGGAGCUGAGGACCAGGACUCUUCCAAUCCACCUGCCUCCCCAUCUCCCUCCAAGCCAGGCAGGACAGUAGGCCUCAGAAAAAGCCCUCGCCAUAGAAAGCCUGUUAGAAUUGUCCCCCCUUCUAAACGCACUGAUGCAACCAUCGCUAAACAGCUGCUGCAGCGUGCUAAGAAAGGAGCGCAGAAGCGAAUGGAGAAAGAAGCUGUAGCCAUUGGGAGUAGUGGGGCAGGAACCAUUGAAGCUGGCAUCAGGAAGACCCAACUGAAGAACAUCAGGCAGUUCAUCAUGCCUGUGGUCAGCACUGUCUCCCUUCGCAUCAUCAAAACCCCCAAGCGAUUCAUUGAAGAUGAGGGAAGCUUUGGACCCCCGCCACCCCAUAUGAAGAUGCCACGGUUAGAAACAACCCCCUCAUCUGUCUCUACAUCUGCCCAACUCACCUCUACCACCUCUUCCCCCUCUCCUGUGCUGGUUUCCUCUACUGCUGCAGUUACUAGCACUGGUACCACUGCUCCAAUUGACUCCCUCCCCCCACCUCCACCUCCUGCCCCUAUCCCAACUGUUCCAUCAACAGCUGCCAGUCUGCUCAACAGCAACACCAACAAUGCCACCAACGGGCGAUUUAGCAGUAGCGCAGCCUCUUGCGGCUCAAGUGCUGUGUCGCAGCAUUCCUCCUCUGCAGAGUCUUCCAGGUCGAGCAGCCCAAGCUUGGAUGACUCAUCAUGUGACUCCCAGGCUUCUGAGGCCACACAGGCUUUGUCAGAGCCAGAGGAUCACUCUCCGUCCUCGCAAGGAGAGAGGGAGGGCAACCUGUUGCACAGCUCGCGGCCUCCUUCCCCUCCUUCUGAGCCAGAGCCUGAGCAUGUCUUGGCAGAGAGGAGUCGACGCGGCCGGAGAGGACAGGGGGUCGGCCGGGGAAGUCAGAGCCAGAGGGUGAGAGAGACUCUCAACACUGGGCCUAAAAAGCCUAUCAUCAGCCCACCAACAGGAGUGCUAAUGUCCUCGUCUACACACGUAAAUUCCCAGCAAGCUUCAUCUACAGCUUCCUCCUCUUCUUCACCUCCCCCUCCCCCUCUCCUCACACCUCCACAGCCUCCCCAGUCAGCCUCCUCCAAUACAGCUGCUAUCAGUGAACACCACCCGCAGUCACCCUGGAUGCCUCAUCCCAUCCCUCAAUUUCUGUCUGGAUCGUCAGUGCUGUCUAGCUUGUCAGACAAACGAAGCCGCUCAAUUCUAAGAGAGCCCACCUUCCGCUGGACGUCUUUGUCCCACCCUGAGCAGCAGCAGUACUUUUCCUCUGCUAAAUAUGCCAAGGAGGGCCUCAUCCGUAAGCCCAUAUUUGACAACUUCCGUCCUCCCCCCCUCACAGCUGAAGAUGUGGGGCUGUUGCCCCAAAGUGUUAGCGGAGCAGGGGGAGCGGCUCCUGUGGCAUUCCCUGCACCAGGUAGUGGAGCAGGAACAGGAACUCGUCUAUUUGCCCCUCUUCAUCCACAUACCCACCACCAACAUCCCUCUUCAUCCCGUUUUGAUGCACCACUCCAGAAGCGAAGCCCAUUGCUUCGUGCUCCACGCUUUACACCCAGCGAGGCCCACUCUCGGAUAUUUGAGUCUGUUACCCUGCAGUCAUCUUCUGGGAGCGCCCCCGGCUCUCUUUCCCCACACCAGACAUCCUCUAGCUCCAGCAGAAUAUCGCGGCGCAGGAAACGACUGAUCGCUGGAACACUACGUGGCCAUCCACGGUCUCCUUCCCACUCAAUGACCAGACGCAGCAGCCAAAUUGGAGGCCAGAUAUCUGUGGGGAAAGGCUCCUCUGAGAUGUCUGUGCUGACAGGCUCUGUCUCCAGUAGUAACCCCAGCUCUUUGCCAGGGGUCUCUGCAAGUCCACUAGCCACUAGUGCCUUAACUCCUGCUUCUUUCAGCACCUUCUCCAUGGGUCUGGCCUCACAAGGGACACCUGAAAGCAGGAGAGGGGCUGCUGUAAACCCACCUCCUAUGUCAACCACAUCAUCCACUUCUUCCCCACUUUUCCCUCUCUUUCCUUCCAGUGCCCAGGACACAGGGCGAGGAGCUGGGAAAGGAGGUAAAGAAAAAAGCUUACCAGCUCCCCAGGAACCUGCUGCAAAGGAAAAAGAAAGAGAUUCAGAGAAAAACCGAGAGAAAGAGAAGGAGAAUAAGAAGGAAGGGAGGAAGGACGGGAGGGACUCAGAAGAUGCUCUUUCUCUUGCUCCUAAAAAGGCUCCAGGGAGAAAAAAAUCAACCUCGGUUGACAUGGUUUCUGACACUGCCUCCUCAGAGGUGCGUGGGCUCCAUUCCACUAUUCCCAUGUCCAUUGCUAAAGGACGUUUACCUAAGAAAGGCAGACCCUCUGAGAAAGGAGCAGAGAUGGAGGAUGGGGAAAAGGAGAAGGAGAAACAAAGUGCUCCAGGCCAGCAGACAGCAAGCCUUCAAGGACAGCCAGGCAGACAACAACUCCCUGUCUCUUCUCUUGGAUCAAUGUUGGCACAAGCAGAGAAACAGCCAGUAACUGACAAGCGGGUAGUGGGACUACUGAAAAAGGCCAAAGCCCAGCUCUUUGAGAUAAAGAAGAGUAAGCUGAAGCCUGCGGACCAGACCAAGGUCCAGGGUCAAGAGAGUGACUCAUCAGAGACCUCAGUCCGGGGUCCACGCAUCAAGCAUGUGUGUCGUCGUGCAGCUGUGGCUCUUGGCCGUAAUCGGGCAGUGUUCCCUGAUGAUAUGCCCACACUUAGUGCCUUGCCCUGGGAGGAGAGAGAGAAGAUCCUAUCUUCCAUGGGGAAUGACGACAAGUCAUCAGUAGCAGGCUCCGAGGAGGCAGAGCCUCAAUCCCCUCCCAUAAAGCCACGGGAGACACGGCAAAAGGCCGUUCAAGAAGCUCCUCCGAAGAAGGGGCGUCGAUCACGACGCUGUGGCCAAUGCUCAGGCUGCCAGGUUCCGGAAGAUUGUGGUGUCUGUACCAACUGUCUCGACAAGCCCAAGUUUGGAGGGCGAAACAUUAAAAAGCAAUGUUGCAAGAUGAGGAAGUGUCAGAACUUGCAGUGGAUGCCCUCAAAGAUGUUUCUUCAAAAGCAAGGCAAAAGCAAGAAGGACAAGAAAAAGAACAAGUUGUCUGAGAAGAGGGAGGGUCUCAAUCCGGUUAAAGGACCAAACUCAGAGUCUGGCCCUAAACCUUCUCCUGUACCACCAAAGGAGGAGCCUCCCCGCAAAAAGAGUGAAACUCCUCCUCUAAAGGUGGGAGAAGAGAAAUCAAGACAGCAGCCAUCAUCAAAGCAAUCAUCUCCAGCCCUCACAUCGUCCCCUGCCCCAGUCGAACCCCCUCAGGCCCCUGGCACAGUCACAGCCCAGGCUCAGUCUCCAGCCCUGACACCAGACCCUAAACAGCUCUCAGUCACGAGCGGUGUCACCAGCAAGAAAGGACACAAACUACAGCAGCCUGCUACAACAUCCUCCUCCUCCUCAUCCUCCUCCUCCACUUCAUCGUCUUCUUCAUCCUCAUCCUCUUCCUCCUCGUCAUCAUCAGCCCAGAAUUCCCCCUCUCAGUCUACGCAAUCUCAUCAAGCGUCUCAACAGCAGCAACGGCCUCUUAUGAGUCAGGCACCUCCCAAAAAAGAUUCCUCACCCAAGAUUCCUCUGAGUGAGUCCAAGAAGAAGCCCCAGCAGCACUCAUCCCAACAGCAGAGCUCAACAAAUAUUUCAGAUACAGUUGAAUCAAAACAGUUGAAGAAGACAACUUCUCGUGCUGUUCCUCCAUCUCCCAAACAGAGACCAAAAGACAAGCCGCUGACCACUAAACCCCCAAGCAGUAGUACUUUAAACUGGCUGAGCACUCCCUCGACUAGGGGCCAGGUGAAGUCCAGAGCGCCCUGCGACGGAGUGCAUCGUAUCAGAGUGGAUUUCAAGAGGGACCAUGAUGUGGAGAAGGUGUGGGAGGCUGGUGGCCUCAGCCUGCUCACCUCUGUGCCUGUCACACCCAGGGUGCUCUGCUUUUUAUGUGCAAGCAGUGGAAAUGUUGAGUUUGUCUUCUGCCAGGUAUGCUGUGAACCGUUUCAUCUCUUUUGCCUGGGGGAGUCAGAGCGCCCUCUCCAGGAGCAGUUUGAGAACUGGUGUUGUCGACGAUGCCGGUUCUGCCAGGUCUGUGGGCGCCAGCACCAGAAAACUAAACAGCAGCUGCUAGAGUGUGAUAAGUGCCGUAACAGCUAUCACCCGGAGUGCCUGGGUCCCAACCAUCCUACCAGACCCACCAAGAAGAAGAGAGUCUGGGUUUGCACCAAGUGUGUGCGCUGUAAAAGUUGUGGAGCCACUAAACCUGGGAAGUCCUGGGAUGCCCAAUGGUCACAUGACUUCUCCAUGUGUCAUGACUGUGCCAAACUCUUUGCUAAAGGGAACUUCUGCCCACUGUGUGAUAAGUGCUACGAUGAUGAUGACUACGACAGCAAGAUGAUGGAGUGUGGUCGUUGCAACCAUUGGGUUCAUGCCAAGUGUGAGAAUCUGACAGAUGAAAUGUACGAGCUGCUGUCAAAGCUGCCAGAGAGUGUUGCCUACACUUGUACCAAAUGUACUGAACGCCACCCAGCUGAGUGGAGGACAGCGUUGGAGAGGGAGCUUCAGGGCUGCAUUCGCCAUGUCCUCACUGCACUGCUCAACUCACGCACAUCCACACACCUGUUGCGCUACAGACAGGCGGUGAAGCCUCCAGAGCUGAACCCAGAGACGGAGGAGAGUCUUCCAUCCCGUCGUUCACCGGAGGGUCCCGAUCCUCCAGUCCUGACAGAAGUCACCCCCACACCUCCCAGUGACUCCCCUCCAGACCUGGAGUCUGUUGAGAAAAAGAUGGUUCAAGGCCGUUACAAUUCAGUGCUGGACUUUAGUGACGACAUAGUGCGGAUCAUUCAGACAGCCAUCAACAGUGACGGUGGUCAGCCUGAGAGCAGGAAAGCCAACAGCAUGGUCAAGUCUUUCUUUAUUCGGCAAAUGGACCGAAUCUUCCCGUGGUUCAAAGCGAAAGAGUCCAGGUUCUGGGAAAGGCAAAAAGUCUCUGCCAAUGGGCUCCUUCCGAAUGCUGUGCUGCCUCCAUCCCUGGAUCACAACUACGCCCAGUGGCAGGAGAGACUGGAGCUUUCCCGCGCUGAGCACCCACACCUCAUGAAAAAGAUCAUCCCAGCUCCCCGGCCCAAGACCCCCGGUGAACCAGAUUCUCCAGCCUCUCCACCAUCACUCCCUCCCUCUCUUCCCCCACCACCCCCACUCCUAGCUGAUCGUGAAGACAGCCCAGAGCUCCCUCCGCCGCCAGGUGUUAGUGAUAACAGGCAAUGUGUUCUGUGUCUGAAGUAUGGAGAUGAGAACACUAACGAGGGGGGCAGGCUGUUGUACAUUGGUCAGAACGAGUGGACCCAUGUAAACUGUGCCCUGUGGUCUGCCGAGGUGUUUGAGGACGACGACGGCUCACUGAAAAAUGUUCAUAUGGCUGUUCUCAGGGGAAAACAGUUGCGCUGUGAGAAGUGUCAAAAGCCAGGGGCCACAGUUGGCUGCUGCCUCACCUCUUGCACCAGUAACUACCACUUCAUGUGUGCUCGUCAGUGCCACUGCGUCUUCCUGGAGGACAAAAAAGUCUACUGUCCAAAGCACAGGGACCUCAUAAAGGGAGAAGUGGUGUCUGGGUUUGAGGUGACCCGCAGGAUCCUGGUGGACCUGGAGGGCAUUAGUCUCAGGAGGAAGUGGCUUGCAGGACUGGAGCCUGAAAAUGUCCACAUGAUGAUAGGCUCCAUGACCAUUGAUUGUUUGGGGAUACUGACUGAACUCUCAGACUGCAAACGUAAACUCUUCCCUGUAGGAUACCAAUGUUCAAGGGUGUACUGGAGUACUUUGGAUGCUCGAAAGCGCUGUGUGUACACCUGUAGGAUCCUAGUUUGUCGACCUCCAGUGGUAGAGUCUGACCUGAAGAGCAUGAUUGCUUCUGAGGAGAAUUGUACAAUAGCACACAGCCCACCUCCCAUAGCAGACUUUCCUGAUCCAUUUGAAUCCCCAAGACGCUCUGACACGCUUUCCCCCACCAACACCCCCAAGCUCAGGGUUUACACCAGGAACCGGCAUCCCAGCUACCCCCCUUGUCAGCGCUCACUAGGUCCCAGGCCCAUGCCCUCUCCAGGAGGUACCUCUCAGCCCCAAAGCCAUGAGAUUGUGACAGUAGGAGACUCCCUGGUGAACCCCGGCAUGCGGAAUAUUGACUCGCGUCGCCACAGCUCCCCUUCUCUCUCUCCUCCUCCUCACCAGCUGAACAGACAGAGAGUGCACACCUCCCAAGCUCAGAUUUUGUCACGACCCCUUACCUCACCCCCUCCCCUCAUCCCCUCCCCUGCCAGAGAUCCAGAAAAGUCCAAACACCUCAGCAAAGACUCAGCAAAGAGUCCCAUCCAGAGAGAUGAUGAAAGAGGUAGACUGUUCUCCACAGACAGAAACAGACAGCAAGCAUCCAGAGACCAAGGGAUGAGAGAUCCUGACAAGGGGAGACUGUCAAGUCGAGACCAAGCUGCUAAGGAUUCUGAGAGGAACAGAUCAUCCCGAGAGCUUGGGCAAAAAGACUCUGACAAGGGUGAACAACCAGCCAAAGAGCCAGAAAAGAGGAGACCGUUGAGUAAAGACUCAGGUCUGAAAGAAUCGGAGAGGGGAAGACCUCUCAGUAGAGAUCCCUUAAGAGAUUCUGAAAAGGGGAGACAAGUAAACAGAGACUCUGACAAGGGAAGACAAGCAAACAGGGAGUCAAGCAAUAGAGAAAUAGAAAAGAGCAAAUCAUCCUCUAGAGAUCCCAGCUAUAAGGAUAUGGAAAAAGCUAAGUCACUCAGUAGAGAUACAGGGUUUAGGGACCCUGAGAAGCAUAGACAAUAUAGCAGGGAAACGGGAAAAGACUCAGGACAAGGUAAAGACAGACCUUCUAGCAGAGACUCUGACAAGGGUAGACCUCCCUCUAGAGAUUCCAGUUAUAGAAGCACAGAGAGAAACAAAGAAUCUGGCUCAGGGAAAGAUAGUAACCCUGGCAGUCAGUCCAAACAGGCUGGAGGUGAGAGUAAGAGUCCUAGACUGGCACCUGCAAGUUCAGGCCAGUCCUCCCCUCCUGUGGGCACUGCUGUUCUCACAGGUCAGCAGAGAGGUGGCAGCACCAAGCAGACAGAAAAGCAAGGGAAACACACAGGCAAAGACCAGGAUCUUUCUGCAAGCCUCAGUUUGUUGCCUCGUCACCGGUCCACCCCCACCUCUAACAUAAUCCAGUCUAAGGACAAGCCCAGCUCAGGGAAGGAGAGUAGUAGUGGCACUGGAAAUUUAAUGCCAGCUUCACACCAUAAGGACUCUGUUGUUGGGAAAUCCAGCUCCCCACAACCUUCAUUUCAAAAGUCCAAUGCACGGAAGUCAAAUGAUUACUCAUCAGGUUCAGCCACAGCAGCAGCUAUGAAGCCUCUGUGGCCAUCAAGGACAUCAGCGGAAGAUGACGUUGUCAAGCGAGGCUCUAUGCACCUGGCCUCAUCAGCUGCAGCCUCAGCUGCCAAAGACAAACACCCCAAAGUUAAGACAACAGGCAGCAGAGAAGUGUCCAAAGACCGUGAAAAAGAGAAGACACUCCAAAACAGCAACAGCAGCAACAAAAUUCCCCUUCUCAACAAUAAUACUAAAGCCACUGGCAGCUCCAACACACAUGCUACAAACCCCAGCUCUCACAACAGCAGCAACAGCAAAGUCCCAGUGCUUGGAAACAGCACCAAAGCCCAUGGGAAGGCUCAGGGGGAGAAGCAUGAGAACCAGGGAGGAGACAGAUCAUCCUCAAAGAGCAGGGAAAAUUACUCCUGUCCUGAGAAGAAGAAUAUCUCCAGUCUGGACAACUUACAGCAGCUGCAGCAGGCUGGUUUAGCUCCUGACAAAGGAGUGAAGAGCUCUUCCCAGUCGCACUCCAAACAAACAACUAACCAGCUGUCAUUGUCCUCUCGAGAGAAAAAGCGAUCAGUUAAACCCCCAUCUGUAACUCUACUAAAGAGUGAUAUCAAGACAGACCCAAAUGGGACCAGCACUGUCAGUGGUAUUUCUUCUUCCUCCUGUCCAACGACCACUACCUCCACUGUUUCCCCUGCAGGCCAGGGGACCCGUCGCUCUGCCCGCUCCGCUCUCUUCUCCUCACCCUCUGCCAGCAGCAGUGACAGCUCUGAAUCUGACACCCAGACUCAGACAGAGGACGAUGAUCUGCAUAAGGAGCAUUCACGCAGUGAUCUCCGAGACCACCGCAGCCUCCUUACUCAAGGCCCUGAGGAUGAGGGUGAUGGCCCAGAAGAUGACCAUGACAGGGGUAUGGAUGAUAAACAUCACGAGGAUGACAGUGACGGAUCAGGGUCAGCCAAGCGGCGUUACCCUCGACGCAGUGCCCGGGCACGCUCCAACAUGUUUUUUGGCCUCACACCCUUCUAUGGCGUUCGCUCAUAUGGUGAAGAGGACCUUGCCUUCUACGGCAGUGGAGAUGGAGCCGGGGCCGUGGUAAAGAGGAGGACUGGUAGCCGCAAGAAGUCAGCUGAGGGGCAGGUGGAUGGAGCAGAUGAUAUGAGCACCUCCUCUUCGUCAGGGGACAGUGGAGAGGAUGAAGACAGUGGAAUGAAACAGAGGGGUAAAGAUCCUUACUACUACAACUUCACCCGAACAAUAAUAAACCCUGGUGAGGGCCUUCCCUCUAUAGAAGGGAUAGACCAGUGUCUUGGAAGAGGCUCCCAGCUUCAGCGCUUUCUAAAAGAUGAGGAGCAGCAACAGCAGAGGGCUCAAGGAAAAGCUGAGGAGGACAUGCUGAGUGCUUUGACCUUAGGCAAGCAGCGUAUUGGGCAGCUCGAUGGCGUUGAUGAUGGCUCAGAGAGCGAUACCAGCAUCUGCACCACCAGCACCACAACCACUACGGCCACAUCCUCUUCCACCCCUCAUAAGAGCACUCCUAAGAGAAGGGGCAGAGAAAGGCAUACUGAGAAACCUGACUCUCAUGACUCGAGCAAGGAGGCUGACAGCAGUGGAGGAGCAGUAAGCAACACGAGAGAAGGAAGAAAGAACCAGAAAGAGAAUUGUCUUCCUCUAGGAGUCGGGGUCAAGUCCCAGCCACAGAGUCAGGGUCAGGAUCCUCUUGAGGCCCAGCUGUCCCUCAGCACAGACCUGCUUAAGUCAGACUCUGACAACAACAACAGUGAUGACUGUGGGAACAUUUUGCCAUCAGAUAUCAUGGAGUUUGUUCUGAACACUCCUUCCAUGUCAAUGCAGGCUCUGGGUCAGCAGUCUGAGCCGUCCUCCUCUGAGCUGCUGCUGGAUGAAGGUUAUGUUGGGGUGGAUGUCAACCGGCGCAAAGACAUUUUGUUUGAUGAUUUUUCCCAGCCACUGCCCAGUGCUGAGAGUGGAGGAGUUGUGGAGAGUAGUGUUAACAGUUCCAUAUCUGUUGAGGAGCCGUAUCUUCCUCUGGAGCUGCCCUCUGACCUCUCUGUCCUGACCACACGCAGCCCGACUGUCAGCUCCAGUCAGAACCACACGGCUGGAAGUCUCAUCUCGGAUACCUCAGACCGCACCAUGCUCGGCUUGACCUCUGACCCGGAGAACAUCAGUGGAGAAAAGAGUGGGGACAAGAAAAGAGCAGGGCCAGGUGUGUCACCAUCAGAGAAUCAGCACGAUGCUACAACUUUGGGAAACAGGGAUACACAGGUCACCGAAGGUCACAUGACUCCUGAGCAGUUCAUUCCCAGCCCUGCUAUUGGCCAGGUGGUUGACCCUCCAGGUAACCAGGAUGUUCCAAGGAGUUCUGGUACUCCUGGCUUGCCAAGUUCUCCUUCCCUGCCUCUUCAGGGUCAGAAGUACCUCCCAGCAUCAGCUGCAGCUGCAGGCAGCCCUAGCCCAGUCCCAGGACCAGGACCAUCCCAGGCUCAGGUUUCCAGCCCAGCAGUCAUCAAACCAGGCCCCGAUAAGCUCAUUGUGGUCAAUCAGCAGUUCCAGCCCCUGUAUGUCCUUCAGACUGUCCCUAAUGGUGUCACCCAAAAAAUUAGUGCCACAGGAGUGAUGGACACUAGCUCUCCUACAGUGCUGAGCUCUAUGACACUUACCACAGGGUUGAAUACUGGUUUGUCCUCAGCCCAGCCAAUUUUUCCCGCUGGUGGCAAAGUCCUGGGCACCAUGCCUCACCCCUCUCACAUUCACACCUUCGCAGGAGCCACACAGACAGGCUUCCAGACAGGAAUCCCCAGCACCACCUCAGGCCUUCUCAUUGGGUUGCCCUCUCAGCCCCAUGACCAGCCCCAGAUUCUGGUCUCAGAGGCUGGUCGACCACACGAGUUGGGUCCCAGUGUUGCCAUAGUUUCCAGUCCCUCCUCCCUUACUUCUUCCCCAACUGUACUGGCCUCUGCUCACGGCAGGAAGAGGCCUAUCUCUAGACUUCAGCCAAGAAAAAGCAAAAAGUUGGCCCGCUCCCGCAGCCAACCUACUCUGGCCCCUUCUGAAGUGGGACCUCCUAACAUGACCCUCAUCAACCUGUCUUCUCCUCAGAUUACUGCUAGCAUCCCUGGCCAACCUGGUGGCCUGGUUGAGUUAAGCACCCUCUCCACUUCUCAGCGCAAGGUCCCAAAUAUUAUCAAGAGACCAAAGUCGGGUGGGGUUAUGUACUUGGAUCCCACUACUAUCCUUCAGCAGAGGAUUCCUGGUUCUGCUCAGCCUGGUAUCCUUGGUCACGAUUCCUCUACUCAUCUCCUGCCUUGCACAGUCUCUGGUCUCAACCCCAGUCAGUCAGUGUUGAAUGUUGUGUCUGUGCCCCCUAGUGGUGCUACUAGUCUUCUUGCACCAGGAUCAGUCUCCCUCUCCACCCCUGUACUCAGCUCUACUGAGAUCACAGGGCCAAUUAGCAACCUCCUGUUUAAGGCAAGUCCACAUGGCUUGGGGCUGUCAGAUCAGCCAAUGGUCCUUCAAUCGGCAGGAGGAGCUCCUCUGAUGUCACAGCUUAGCUCUCCUGUGCAGACAUCUAUAGCCAGCAGCAUCUGUGUCCUGCCCUCCCAACAGACCAUCAGCAUGGCUGUCAACCAGCAAGGAGAGACAGAAGGCAGCAAUAUCCACUUACAGCAUCAGUCUCAGCCUGUUAACAGAGCCCACACUGUGGACUCUUGUCAUAACACCACUGUUACUUUAGCCCACGGCCCAGCCACCUCUCUAAGUCCUGCCAAUGGUCGUGUUGUUGGAGUGUUCACGCAAACGCAAACUUCUGCACACUCCCAGAGCAGCAGAAAAACUCCUAUUUCCAGAUCAUCAGAACAAAGGCCUCCUAACUCCACCACAGUAGUGUCAGCAGCAGCCGCAGGUUCAGGAGCAGAAAAGGGCAAACAGAAAGCCAAGAGGAGCAGGCAGAGUCCAGACAUGAACAGCGGGAAAAAGCUCAAGGCCUCUCAGGCAGAGGAGCAUCACAGCAACGCUGCGGGACGACUCCCAUCAAACCUAAGUGCCAAAGAGCGGAUCUCCCCUGAACCCAUGGACACCGGCAAGCCCCUAGAUAAGGCAACCAACAAGAGUGUGCUUGGUAAAAAGAAGACAUCUGAAGGUCUUGUUUUAUCGGGGAAAGUAUUGGGAAAAGACAAACCACCUGCAGCUGGAAGAGCAGGCUCUCUUCCUGUGGCUUCACCACCUGACCAGGACGGCAACAGCAGGGAUACAGGAUUGGAUAGCAAACCCAAGAAGGGCAUCAUCUUUGAAAUCUGCAGCGAGGACGGAUUCCACAUCCGCUGUGAGAGUAUUGAAGAGGCUUGGAAAUCCCUGACUGAUAAGGUGCAGGAAGCUCGCUCCAAUGCACGACUCAAAGAGCUCUCUUUUGAAGGUGUGAAUGGACUGAGGAUGCUAGGAGUCGUCCAUGAGGCAGUGGUGUUCCUGCUGGAGCAGCUGUACGGUUCCAGACACUGUCGGAGCUACCGUUUCCGCUUCCACAAACCAGAGGAAACCGAUGAACCUCCCAUCAACCCCCAUGGCUCGGCUCGUGCAGAAAUCCACCACAGGAGGUCUGUAUUUGACAUGUUCAAUUUCUUGGCCUCAAAACACCGGCAGCCUCCUGAGUACAGGCCGCAGGAAGACGACGAAGAGGAAGGGCAACUCAGGACUGCCAGGCGUGCCUCCAUGGAACUACCAAUCGCUGUGAGAUUCAAACAGCUCAAGGCCACCUCCAAGGAAACUGUCGGAGUCUACAGGUCUCCCAUUCAUGGCCGAGGUCUGUUCUGCAAGAAAACCAUCGAUGCUGGGGAAAUGGUCAUUGAAUACUCUGGAAAUGUCAUUCGGUCUGUGCUCACUGACAAACGGGAGAAAUAUUAUGAUGGAAAGGGCAUUGGCUGUUACAUGUUUCGCAUCGAUGACUAUGAGGUGGUGGAUGCCACAGUGCAUGGCAACGCAGCCCGCUUCAUCAACCACUCCUGUGAGCCUAACUGCUACUCUCGUGUCAUCACUGUGGACGGCCUGAAGCACAUCGUCAUCUUUGCCUCUCGCCGCAUCUACUGUGGAGAGGAGCUCACCUACGACUACAAGUUCCCUAUAGAGGAUGCCAGCAACAAGCUGCCCUGCAACUGCGGUGCAAAGAAGUGUCGCAAGUUCCUCAACUGAUUUCCAUAUCGAAACAAUUUAGAGAGGACUGCAGGUCUCUUGAGCAGAAGUGCCACGAUGUUCUGAGGACGCCCCUGCUGGGGGUUUACCGUGGCACUGGCUUUAUGCCGAUCCUGAGUCAGGUCCACGUAGGACCACAGCUGCCAACAGGGCACGAGCUCUGACUGUGUUUCUGCAGCUGAUGUUGGCAGAACAAAGCAGAGACAGCGGUUGUGGGUCGUACUGUAUAUGCAGGAAGGGCCAUUUUGGCGGAGGGGCCAUUUGUAGAAAUUCCAACAUAUUGUGCCUCCGUUUGUCUCAUUUAUAUUUUGGAAUGGGAAGUUUCACCUUCAGAGGUGAGUUAUGAAACGGUUUGAGCCUUCACAACAUUACAAUAUUAACUUUUAUUUACAUUUGGAUGAUAAAGUUACCCCUUCAUAUUCUUUUUACAUUGGCCCAUCCUCCUUAAUUUUCUAGAAAUACGUUAUCGUCCACUAAUGCUGAGAUUUGAACAUAGAAGAAAAAAAAAAUCAAAGAACUUGGUUCCAUUUUACACCAAAGUGCAAUUUGUUGAAGGGACUUGGAACAGUAAUUUUACUAGAAAGAAAAUUUAAAACUUGUUAGAACUUGUUUUUUUUUUUUUUUGUUGUUUUUUUUUUAUCUCGGUGUCAGCUGUUAUUAAUGCGCAUCUCCCUGUCUGAAUGUGCCCUGAUGCCUUCAGAGCCGUUGCGAUUUACUGGAACCUUCCCCUAACUGGGCUUUUUUAAAAGCUUGUAGGUGUGUAUAUUCGACACUGUAAAUAGGAGCUGCAUGUGUGUAGCAGCCUGAUAAGAGCUGUACAGGCGGAAACACUAGAGGGAGCAGUGGCCACAGGGAGGAAGAGAGAAAAAAGGAAACAAGGGGGCUAGAAAUGUAGAUUUGUUUUAAAAAAACAAGAGGUUAUUUUUGGUCAUUGGUGUAAAGGAUGAUAGCUGAGGUUGAUAUCAUCCUUUGUACUUGAGCUAAUGUUUAGUCUGACAGCUUGGUAGCUAUGUAGACAUGUUGUUGAUGGGAUUAAGCCUCUGGCCUGAGAGAGCGAGGCAGCUAGAGAUUCUGGUGGACUGACAGCCAAGGGACUGGUAAACCCUACUGAUGUGCUUUAGUAGACAUAUUUAUAAUUGAUUUUUGGAGCUGUGAUCUAGAAACAGCCAUGGAUUUUACAGAAACAUACAGACAGACGUGUUACAAGUUUGUGCAUGCUGUUGUUGAUAUCAGUUUUUUGGUAAUUAUAUAAGCUUGGAUUUUUGAACCACGUUCCAAAUUACAGCAGCAAAGAGAACCAAACAUCACACCCUAGAAUUGAAUUUUCACACCACUUGUUUUCUUCUUGGCCUGUUGUGAUAACCAUUACUAUGGAAAAUGUUUUUUAUUUGUAUUAAGUCUUUUAAAGUCUUGUCUGUUAUCUGUCUUUUUAUUAUGGACAGGGAAGUAUCAUGCUUGCUUUUAAAAAACAAAUGUAAAUAAUGUAUAUUUUUCUACAAAAAGACUUAAAAAGCACUCACUAGUGAAUAGCACUUAAUGAUGGUAUUUAUAUUUUUAAAAAAUCGUAUUUAUUUUAUUGCCAUUUUUGUAGGAAAUAGAGGUUUACAAACACUAAUGCUUGGUCUCUAUGUUUUGUAUUCCGCUGCCUUUUCAAAGUUGUUUUGUCGUAAUUUUCUUUUCCUUUUUUAAUUUGUAGCCUGAAUGUUUUCUUUGAUUCCAAAGACUGACGCUGGUCUGUGGCUUGGUCCCCUUUUAGUUCAGUCCACCAGUAACUCUUUAUUUAUCCCGGGCCGUUUGGUCAGAUAUGACAUAUUUUUAUUUUCAUUGUUCCAGUUCUAGCUGGCAGUGUGGCAGUCAUGUGAACUAUUAUUAUGCACUUGAGAGAGUUCAGAUUGUUGAUCCAUAGCAGAUAUCUCCUCUCUCCAGCCUUAUUGUCUCCACACCACAUCACACCAAGAAUCAAGUCCACUUACAGGCUGCUGCCAGGCAGCCAUAUCAAAAUGAUUUGAGUUUUCUUCUCGUUAAUAAACCAUGGGUCAGCAGACUUGGAGUCAAUUGGCUAUAUACAAAAUAUUCACAUGUAAAAUCCAACCAGAGACCUGUCAGUUUAAAGUGUUUUGUCCCUGUGCAGUCUAUAAAAAAGAGGUGCCUUUAUUUAAAGCUACCAACAGCAUUCGACAUAUCUCCGUUUAGCCAAUCCAUUUAUUUUAAAAAACCACUUUGUUUUGGUGACUACUCAUUAGUGAUCACCAGCAUUUGGAAAUCACUUUUUAUUCUUUUGUUCAGUCUCCUCGUGGUUUGCCUUAGUUGUAAAUGAGCAUGCCUCUUAUAUCUUACAAGCCUUCAUGUCCUGGACUGAAUAUUUAAUUGGACUGUUUUGACCGGUUCUGACGUCACUUGCUUUGGUUUUGUCCCUUUUUUAAAUUAAUUUAUUGUUGUCCGCCGUUCAUGCUGACUUCCUUAUCACCUAAACGCCGUUAGCAGUUAUUCCCACACUGCCCUUUGUUGUUGUGAACUGAAACAAAAAAGUGACCCACACAUGGUUUGCACUUUAGCUGUGACACAGGCACUGAAUAGACAUAGGAAAACUCAGCUCUUUCUCCAGACAGACAAUGCAACUCCAAUGCUGAAACCACAAGCACAGAUAGUCACUGAGAAUACUUUGAGUUUGUGCAUUAGGCCCUGAGUUCAGUCAACCUAGAACUGCUCUUGAUGACUCCUGAAAGUGAGGCUCUAGCAAAGUGCACUUGACUCAUUUUCUGCAACAAAGUGAAGGCAGGGACCACACCAGCAGCCCUUUCCUUCCUGAAAGUGCAUUCUGCACAAACCUUGGCUGUGCUUUUCCAUUUAGGGCCCAAGAUCGGGUCUUUUCGGGUCUUGAGGCCCAUUCCACCCUGACUGACAUGCCAGCCUUGUGGUUGUACAGCUGUACUUACACUGGGCUCGCUGGGUUCAGCUGCUAAGGUCAACAAUGAAUGUAUAUUCCUCCUCCACAUCACCAAACUUGUGAUGAUGUCGAUAUGUUGUCAGCCACAUUUGUUUUCAGUUCUUGCGUCAACAACCCUGGUAGAUAUGGACGAUGUGUAGAUAUGACCUCAAGCUGGGCAGCAGCAGUUUCAUUUUCAGCACUGAGAAUAAAUGCUGACGUGUGAACAGCAGUGGCAUUUCUGUCUGUAGGACAAAAGGUUCUUACUGGGUUAGCUCAACAGUUCACGUUAGCGUCGGUGACAACAGGUUCACCGAUGCCAAGGGCUCUGUCUACAAACGCUCACUUCUGGAGAUCCACAUCUGCAUUUUCAGGGUCAGAGGGUUCAUUGAACAAUAAGUCAUUUAUUUCACUGUUUUAAACAACAUAUACAGUAUACAAUAAGGAAAUGGUCUCUGUUGUUUCUUUGGACUUCAUUUUACCACGCCACACCAGUGGCCCUUCUCCGUCAUUAUCUGUAAUUAUAGUAUAAAUACAUAACAAUAUUAUACGGAAACAUGCAUAGUAAUUUCUUGUACUUUAGUAUCUAUACAAUAUAUGGAAUGGACAGACAAACUUAGUUACAGUAGCAAAACAGCAGAUUUAUAAUGGUUAAUAGCAAUGUUUCAAUGUACUCUAUAAUGGUUUUGUGUUACAGUACUAUCAGAUGAAACUAACGUGCAUCAUUCUUUUGUAUAUUGAUAUCCAGUACCAAUUUUGCUGUGCCUGUGAGUGUUCCUUCGCCAGCAAGGAACAUUGCAGUUUUUCUUUUUCUUUUCUUUCUGGAAACGAACGGUUUUUAUGUGAUGAGAAAUGUAACUGUAUUAAUGUGGUUGUGAACUUCUUGAGGUCAGCCAUUUCCCCCCCCCCCUCCUGGUUGUUGUAGUGAAUGUUUUUCUGUUUUUUCUUUGUACGUUUUAACAGGGACUUUUUAGACGGCUUACUUGAUGUGUGGUAUAAAUCAAGAGUUUGGUUUGUGGAGACUGAUCAGGAGUUUUAAAGAUCGCACCAAAAUGGCGUUUCACAUUUUGGAAACCUCUCAUGUCUCCCCGACCAUCUCUCUCUCCUCCGAAGCUUUGGUUGUACUUAUCAUGUACUGUUUUUAUAGAAAGUCAUAAUGCUGAGAUAAUGCUGAUGUUGAAAACAUUUAAUUUAUUUAUUUUGUGCAACAUCCACCCUGAAUUGUUGUUUUACAAGUCAAGGUUUGGGAGAGGUCAGGCAAGUACUUAACAUGUAUUUGUAAUUUUCUACUUGUUUCUUGUGUAUAGAAGUUGUCAGCCUAGGAUGGGAUGUGGUGUCACAGAGGGAGCGGACGUAGGAUGUGCUAACAGAGGGGGUCAUGGGUCAGGAACAGGCUUGUUUUCUUAUGCCUUGAAUAUACCUUUGUCUUAUCAAUAUUCCUCCUGCUCUCUGUAAUAACGGUAUUCACGAGUUCAAGUCAUAUUUUCUCCCAUUUUAACAGUGUUCUUUCAAUACACAUCAAUGAAAUGAAGGAAAACCACCACAGUGAAAAUAAACCACAAACUACUUGGUUGAAUGUAUAAUUAGGAAACAAAGUUGUAUAUAAAUGUAAAAAGAAAAGUUUCUAAUCAUGUUUAUUUUCUAUGCACUUUUUUAUUUAAGUGAUAGUUUAAAUAAUAAACAUGUCUCCUUUA